AUGAUGGUGGAAACAUGCAAGGUGAGUGGAUUUUUUGCUGUUGUCAGAUAGAGUAUACGACGGCGAGUAUUUCUAUAAGAAUUUUGAGUGGUUUCGCCUGUGAAAUUGCAUCCAAUGUUGUCCUCGAAGGUUUGGAUCUGGUGUCUAGUGUAAGGUCAUUUUUUCUCGCUAAACUUGUCAAAGUUUUGGGCUAUAUUGUCUAUAAAUUACGUAUUAUUGCGUGUUAUACGUUUUACGCAAUAUUUUCUUGAAGUUUUACCCUAGUUUGAACUUUUUUCGUUGAUUCGGACCUGAUGUCUAGUAUAAUAUAAUUUUCUGUUAGAAUAUGCAAAAAUGAUGGGCUAAACGGCUGCAAUAUUGCUUUUUGCUUCCUGUCGCGAGAUUUUCCGCGUCACAUCCCCUCAAAUUCUACCAUUUUUGGGUCGUUUAUAUUACACUUGACCUCUGAUAUCUCAGAUCUUUCCAGAGUCCACUGAAGCGUUCGCCAACGCUGAAAGUCGAACGUGGGCCUAGUGCCGAAGUGUACGCGAGAGUUGGAGAGAGUUUCCAUAGUCGGUAUAGGAUCGAAAAGCUGCUUGGAAAGGGAGGAUUUGGGCAAGUGUUCCAGGCGAAAGAUACAGUGAGUUCUUGAACAAUUUUUUGUUGUUUUAGGUUUAUUUCAGUUCUCACUGAUGAAAUGAAGUGAUGUCGAUGUUUUCAGAUGACAAACCGGGUUGUGGCGUUGAAGGUUGAGCCAAUAGAUCGACAGAACCGAAUUGCAAUGGAAGCCAUUGUUUUGCGGGCCGUUUUUCGACGCGCUCACUUUGCUCAGAUGGUGAGUUGCUCGAAAAGGCUUGCAAGGAGUUUAGACUUGCUUAAUCAAAGCGUUUCAAUCUCAAUUUCAUGGAUUUGCCACCUAAACUCUCACUUUUUUUCUAAAAUCGUCUAAAAAUAAGGUCGGAAAUCGAAAAAAAUCGACGAAUUUCUUGGUUUUCUUCCAUAAUGUUUCAUUUUCAGUACGAACACAACAUGAACGGAGCAUUUUCAUACCUGACGAUGCCAGUUUUGGGCGACAAUCUGUUCGAUUUGAGACGUUUGGAGGAAAACCGCCGGUUCGAUCAGGAAACGAUGUUGGAGGUGUUUGAAAGCUUGGUUACCGCAUUGCAGACCCUUCACGGAGCGGGAUUCAUUCAUCGAGAUAUCAAGCCCGCGAACUUUUGCUUUGGAAAGCGGCCGGGCGAUCGAAAUCAUGUUUAUUUGAUCGACUUUGGAAUGGCUCGGCAAUACCUGCAAAGGGAUGGGAAGAGAAAGAAAAAAAGACUUCGUUGUCCGUUCAGAGGUGAGAUUUGGGGAGGAUUGGGUUUUUGCUCAGCUGAAAUUUUAAUUUUGCUUUGGUUUUUCAAAAAAAAAUUAUAUUAUUUUUGAUCUAUUACCUAAAAUAAUAUAAUUUUACUUCGAAAGGUGAUAAAAAUUAGAGUUUUUAUGAUGAAUUUGAUAUACAUAGAUUCUUUAUUGUAUAAACUUUCUUGUUAUUGCGCCUAAAGUCUUUUAUUUUUCCGAAAUCUUUCUAUAAAAAGCUCUUUCCAUCAAGUUGACAUUGCUUUAGAUAUUUGUUUAAAUUUUUCCAGGAACUGCCAGAUAUUGCAGCGCAAGAGUUCACAAGGCAUGCGAACAGGGCCCUUGUGACGACAUGUAUUCGUUACUGUACAGUAUGAUCGAGCUUUGCGAAGGAGAUUUGCCAUGGCGAGGAGACGAACCCGAGCCCGAAUUGUGCUCCAUGAAGAGUGAACCACGCUCCGGAAUGGACAGAUUUUUGAGGUGGGGACUUAUUAUACUCUUAGCUGCUUCAUUUUGCGUAACUUGCACUUUCCUUCUGCUUUUUUAUUUACUUUCUCAGAUAUACACCCAGAAAUCUGCUAUGUAUUGCUCAUUACUUGGAUUCCAAAGGAUUUGAAGACGACCUGGACUAUGAAUAUAUUCAAAAAAUCAUUGCGGUAAGCAUUACUGAGUUUUUUGUUCCAUUUUUAGGUAGAAUUUUGAAGAAGACUUGAAUUCCCGCCAAUUUUGGCAUUGUGUUUUUGAUGUCGAGAUUAAUGUUUUUUGAUGUCUUGUGAUGUGAGGGCCGUACAAAAGGUGAAAGGGGCCGUUUGUAAACGGAUUUGGAAUUUUUUUUUGAUAUUAUCCGUCAUGGGUUAUAUAAAAAUUUAUGUUGUACUUGAUGGGAAAUGGACUGAAUUGGUAUAAAAUUACGUCAAACAGUCUUUUUGGGAAAAUUUUAUUUAAUUUUCACUCCAAUUUCAGGAAUCCUUUGAGUAUCUUGACCAAAAUGCAUCAAUCGAGACAUUGACGGCCAGCUUCGAAAAGGCGGAAAUAAAAGGUUCCGACUACCCCAACAGCCCCACACCCCAACCAAAUACGAGUAGCAGGUUCUCCUACAACCCAUACGAGCCACACUUGAUGCAAAAAUCAAGCCCAACCACCAAAUUCUUUCAACGAAGCAAUCCCAUCAAAAGAACCCAAUUAUUCCCUGAGGGCAGCAACGGAAAUCGAUGCACUUUGACGUCAUUUCAACCGCUGAGCCCGUCCCCAUACUCUGGAAAUCGUCAGUCGGUAUGGCUGAAUGAAAGAGUCUGA